AUGAAUUCUAUCACCUAUGAUGAUGUGAAUGUGUACUUCACUUGGGAAGAGUGGGCUUUGCUGGAUCCUUCCCAGAAGAAUCUCUACAAAAAUGUGAUGAUAGAGACCUACAAGCACUUUACAGCCAUAGGCUACAAUUGGGAAGACCAUAAUAUUGAAGAACAGUGUCAAUGUUCAAGAAGAUAUGGAAGGAAUGAAAGAACACAUACUGGUGAAAAACCCUAUGAAUGUAAUCAGUGUGGGAAAGCCUUUUCUCAGCACGGAAAUCUUGAAAGGCAUAAAAGAACACAUACUGGAGAGAAGCCCUAUGAAUGUUAUCAGUGUGGGAAAGCCUUUUCACAAUUGCAUAGUCUCCACAUGCAUAAAAGAACACAUACUGGAGAGAAACCCUAUGAGUGUAAUCAAUGCGGUAAAGCCUUUUCACACCUCGGUUCACUCCAAGUGCAUAAAAAAACACAUACUGGAGAGAAACCCUACCAAUGUAAUCAUUGUGGUAAAGCCUUUGCCUGUCGUAGUGGUCUCCAGAGACAUGAAAGAAUUCAUACUGGAGAGAAA